GCCAGAGCAACGACGAAAGUAGUCAUAUUGAUAUAAUGCUUCACUGGAAUGGAUUUUCUUCCAAUCAAAAUGCUGACUUAGUAAGGGAAGAAAGUCUUCGAAACCCAAUCUACUCUUGCGCUUGGCUGUCUGUAGAUUUCGAGGACUGCAUUCUUGCUUUUGGCGGCCGACAUGGAACAAUUCAUUUAGUCUCUGUGGCGUUGUCUUCUGAAAUUUAUAAACUAAAUAAUGAAAAUAAGGAGGCCGUGACGUUUCUCUCCGCCGCCUCGCAAAAGUGCGGAGUUUUUUGUUCUUUAAGUCAAUCUUCAGGAAUGGCCCGCGUGUGGCGCCUUUGGGCACGUGACUCUGUGACGUUGCAAUCUUCUCAUAAAUUCCACCAACCGACUACUGCUGAAUUUAUUAUCAGCAAUAACACGUGCAAAGGGAACUGGGAUUUAUUGAUUGGCUGCGAAGACGGCCAUUUUUAUGAAGUCUCCAAUGGAAUAACGGAAAAACUGUUGAAAAGAAAACAUAGGAAGUCUAUUGAUUCUAUUAAGCAACUUUCGACUGGCUAUAUUAUAUCAAAAUCUGUUGAUGGUGAAGUUCUAUUGUGGGAUUGCUUUAAGGAUGAACUUAUAAAAGUUCUUAUCAAGCCGCGCAUGACUUCGUUUGUAGCCGAAACUCUUUCUCCUUUGGAAGUCAACUUUGAAGGAACUUUUUUUUGUUUCGGCGAUGAAGACGGAAAAGUGCUUGUUUAUGAUGUUCAAGGAAAGUUAAUUAGUAAACUGAAGCACCCAAAAGUAAAGAAAAUGCGAAUAACCACGUGCGCUUUUACCAAUCAAUCGAAUCAGAUUUUAUGUGCCACAGAAAAGUCUUUCAUCUUUCGGUUUGAUUAUAUUUCACCCGAAGUUCGUGCCAUUUGGGACAAAUUUGAAGAUUCCGUGGAAAAUGACGAAGAAAAUACAGAAGGAUCUUCUUGA